UCCCACUCUGCUUCCUUCUCCACAGCCGAGAAAACAAGGACACCGCUCCAGUUACACACAGAAUCGUCCUCUUCUUUCCCCCCCCACCCCCCUCACCAACAAUCCAGCUCCUUCCACCACCACCGGGAGCUUUAGGACUGCUUUUGCCGAGGACCAGGACGUGUACGCGGGGACGAGGCAGCGGCGUGAGGCGGAUGCUGCGAGGCUAAAAAAAAAUAAAAAAUUAAAAAAGAGGCGGUCGUGGGUAUCGAGUAUCACUGCUGCAGCCGACACGAUGGACACAAUGAAAUGUCUCUCCUUCCUCUUCCUUUGCUUGACUUCGGUUGCCAGUGGCAACAAAGCCAAUAAGCACAAACCAUGGAUCGAGACAGAGUACCAGGGCAUCGUGAUGGAGAAUGACAAUACGGUCCUCCUCAACCCGCCGCUCUUCGCCCUGGACAAAGACGCUCCGCUCCACUACGCCGGUGAAAUUUGUGGUUUCCGGGUGCACAACGGGCCCUCGGGCUCGGGCUCGGUCCAGUUUGAAGCGGUGGUCCUGGACCGCUCUACCGGGGAGGGUCUGGUGCGCUCCAAGGAGCCGCUGGACUGCGAGAGCCAGCGGGAGCACAGCUUCACCAUCCAGGCCUACGACUGCGGCGAGGGGCCCGAUGGCGUCAACAGCAAGAAAUCCCACAAGGCCACUGUACAUGUGCGUGUCAACGACGUCAACGAGUUCUCCCCCGUGUUCGUAGAGCGUCGCUACGAGGCGUCGGUCCCAGAGGGGCGUCUGUUUGAUCACAUCGUCCGCGUGGAGGCUCUGGAUGCCGACUGCUCCCCGCAGUACAGCCAGAUUUGCUUCUAUGACAUCAUCACUCCCAACGUGCCCUUUGCUAUUGACAACGAUGGUAACAUUAAGAACACAGAGCCGCUGGACUCCAAGCGUCAGCGCGUUCACACCUUCUGGGUGACCGCCUUCGACUGCGGCAAGAACCGCGCUCAGGCCGACGCUCAGGUGGCGGUCACAGUCAAGCCGUCCUGCAAGCCUGGUUGGAUCGGUUGGACCAAGCGGGUGGAGUACACACCUGGCUCAGGUAGCAUCCCGCUCUUCCCCACCUUGCAUUUGGAGACUUGCGAGGAGACCGUAUGGAACAUCCAGGCCACCGUAGAGCUUCAGACCGGCCACAUCGGGAAAGGCUGCGACCGUGACAGCUACUCUGACAGAUCUGUGCGCCGGCUCUGCGGCGCCGUUCGGGGCGAGGUGGACCUCAUCCCGCCUCCGUCGCCUGCAGCCAACUGGACAUCGGCCCUUCCCACUCUUCCCUCCUCGGAUUCCUCUCUGGUCUUCUCCUUCAACGGGUCCAACCACGUGGCGGUAGUACCGGACGCGGUGGUCUCGGGUCUCUCCGGCGACCAUUUCACCCUGCAGCUGUGGAUGCGCAGGUGGGGUACCAAUGUCCAGCCAGCGGCCGCUCAGGCUAAAGCGAGCCGCAAGGAAGAGGAGACCAUCGUGUGCAGCACUGUCAAGAAUGAUGACGCGUUCUCCCACUACUCGCUGUCCGUGCACGGCUGCCGUCUCUCGCUCUUUUACUGGCCCGAUGUCUCUGCUGCACGGCCCGUCAAGUUCCUGUGGAAAUUGGAGCAGGUGUGUGACAGCGAGUGGCACCACCUGUCACUUAGCGUCCAGUUCCCCUCUGUGACCCUGUACGUGGACGGUGUCACCUUUGACCCCGCUCUCAUCCACGACAAUGGCGCCCUGCCCAACCCGGCCCCCCGCCAGAGGAUGUCCAUCGGUGCCUGCUGGGAGCCGGAGGACAAGCAGAGAGAGAUCGUGAACAACAGCGUCCCAGAAGUGAAAUAUGUGGGAGGUUACCACGGCCUGUUGUCGGGGUUGACGGUGCGUCCGGGCAGCGUGGAGCCUCACAGUGUGGUGGAGUGUCUGUACGCCUGCAGGGAGGGCCUGGACUUUGGAGACUUGGAGACUUUGGGAUCUGGAAUGAAGGUGCACGUGAACCCAAGCCAGUCAGUGUUAGUCCUGGAGGGGGACGACAUUGAGAGCUUUAACCGUGCCGUGCAGCAGGUGACCUACAGGAACUCCCUCCGCUUUGCCACGCCCGGAGUGCGACCCCUCAAACUUACCACCUCGUUCAGAUGUUUCAACGAGGAGAGUUGUCUGUCCCUGAAGCCGCUGGAAGGUUACCUGGUGGUCCUCCAGCCCGAUGCUCCUCAGAUCUCACUGUCCGGGGUCGGCCCCCAUCUGGCUCGCCCUGCUCCUGAGUUCGAAGGCCCCCGGGGCGUCCUUCUUUUCCCCGAGCUGCGGAUUGUCUGUUCGCUAACGCAUGCUGUCAACACGGCUGCACAGGGGAUGGAAGGCGGUGCGCUGAUGUCUGACGCAGUGGCCCAUACUUUGGACGGCUGUGAGGUUCAACCUCUGGGCGAGGAGCUAGACCCAGAGAGGGAGGAGCUUCUGGUUGAUAUGGAUGUUGUGCGAGAACGGGGUUUGGAGAUCAUCAAUACGACCGCCUACAUUGCUAUUACAGGUGCUGAAUCCAUCUCUGUGUACGAGGACGUCCUUCGCUCAGUCCGCUACCGACUGUCCAGGAGCUCGUCCCGCUUCGAGAGACGCUUUCGUCUGUCCUGCUCCGAGAUGAACGGCAGAUACACCAGCAAUGAGUUGACUCUGGAGGUGAAUUUUCUCCACUCCUUGGAUAGUAUGUACCGCCCAUCCCACCUGAUGGCCUCCCAGCAACAGUUUCUCCAUCAACAUGCGGGCGAGCUCAGUGGACACGCCUUGCCCAGCCUACAUCGCAACUCAGUGGUCCCCGGGGCAGCCACCAUCAUCAUCAUGGUGUGUGUGGGUUUUCUGGUCAUCAUGGUGAUCCUGGGUAUUUUCCGGAUCCGUUCCAUCCACCGCCGCAGUGAGGAGGCCCGCGAGGCCGCCAAGGAGGGCGGCGGCCAGUGGGACGACUCUGCACUCACCAUUAUCGUCAACCCCAUGGAGGUAAAAUCACCACAUUCCUACAAGUCUCACAUGGGCAUGUCCGCUGACACGGAAGGAGAAGGCGAGGAGGAGGAGGAGGAGGAGGAGGAAGAGGAGGUGGGCGAGUCGCCCAACAAUGCCAGCGACGACCAGCGGAUCAUCUUCAAGAAGGAGGGGAGGGAUGGCAACGCCUGUCGCUACUAAGCUGCAUGUAACCCCCUGCACCAGUUCUCAUGGAUUUUCUGAUCAUGUAUGGAAUGUACACCUGCAAAAACACACAACACAUUUGAUGUAAUACUCAGCCACACGACACCAUACGUGACCUAUAGCGGACGACGGGCAGUCGUUCUCCACUUCGAUGUUCAGCGGCACAAUGUAUACACUCAAUGUAAUUGAACUGCCUGAGCCACACAAAUGAUUUGUGGUGCACCAGUUCGACAUCACAAGAUGAUGAUAAUAAUAAUAAUAAUAAUAAUGUGUCUGUAUAGUGUGAUGCUGGAUGAAUGAGGCUGCUUUGUUUAAACAACAAAACAAUAAGUGAUUGUAUUGUAUUUUGUUAUUGAACACACAAUUAAAUCUUUGCUUGAAUAAGUAGGCAAAAGCCCUGAUUUCCACAUGCUGACACACACACAGAGAGAUACAUACAGAUACAACUCAAUAGAGUGAACCACAAAGUCUGGGCACAAGCUGUCUCCUUCCCCUUUGCGACCUCUCUACACAUUCCGCGAUAAAUAAUUGUGUUUCGUAAGACUUUCAUCUGUGAUGGAGCAAUAGGGACACACUGAAAAGAAAAAAAAGGCUACUCCCACAAUAAUGCCGUAGUGUUUGGAGAAUUAAGUUGGAAUUUAUGACAAAAUAGUUGGAAAAUAGUUGUAAUUUUUACAAGAAUAGUCGUAAUACAACAAGAAAAUAGAAAAGGCAUUGCAAUUUGAUUACAGGAAAAAAGAGAUAAUAUAAGAAAUAAUAUGCAACUUAAGAAGAAUAAAGUUGCAAUAUUUUGAGGUUUUUUUGCAUUUUUGUCUGUGUGGAAAUUUGGACAUUCUUGCCCUUUACUCACUAAAUUUAGUCUUAACUUUUUUUUUCAUAAUAGUCUUUAUUAUCAUAAUUAGUUUUUUGUAUCACACAAUUCAUAUCACAAUUUGUCUUGCAAACUUAAAACAUUUUACUACGAUUCUCAAAAUAAUUGUAUUUUUUUUCUUGAAAAAAUACAAAUUAAUGAAUUGGCAUAACAUUAAGACUUCUUAAUUUGCAUAUGACCAUUUUUUCUGAAAAAGAUUACAACUUUAUUUUCAUAACAUUAGAACUUGUUUCUUGUAAUAUUAUGACUCAUAAAAAAAGAGACUUCGUUCUCAUAACAUUACAACUUUUUGGGUAAUAGUAUUUGACUAUUCUCAUAACAGUAUGGCUUCUCUAAAAAAAUAAAAUAAAAUCUGACUUAAUUCUCAAUUCAAUCUACAUAAAAAAUAGACAGUAAAUCACUGCUCUAAUGCAUUUCAAAUUGAUGUCUGGAAUGUCUUUAAACCACAUAAAGCACACACUCUUGUCACCACAUACGCUUACACACUACAACGCUAUCCCCCCCACGCUAUCCCGGAAUGUCAGCUCAGCUUGGGCAGUUUUGACUGUAUUGAUUGUAAUGAACUGUAUGUACAUACAAUGAGAAAUAUUAUGAUUAUUGCUGUUAUGAAUUACUACUGCAGCCACUUUUUCAGCACACUUGAAGAGGGAGCAGACAGUCAUUUCCCUGUUUUUGUUAAUCGCCUAUUCCAGCAUCGAGAAAACAGUAGGAAAAGAAUACUAGUAGUCGUGGUGAAGAUGAUAACUGGCUUGAUGAAUGUCUCUUACUUUUGUGUCUAAUACUGUUGUAAUUUAAGAAUUUGUCAAUAUAGGAAUCACAGAUAAAAAAGGAAGGCACAUUUGUUGUAAUACCUGCAACUGUAUAUAAACGUGGCAUCGCAAUCUUUCACACUCUUUUGCAUUACUAUUCAGUUUUAUAUCUUCCAUCUGAUACUUCCCUUCAACGAAUGUACAACUUGUGCUUUUCACCCACCCCUCCAAACAGCCUCAUCUCCAACACCGCUCCCCCACCUCUGUGUCUGUUGUUGUCAGUCUGUGUAGCCUUUCAAUGUGCAGUGCUAUAAGGAAAAAAACAAGAAAACCCUGUCCGUAAAUAAAUAAUAAUAAAGCCUGUUUGUUUUUUGUUCUUUGGGGGGGAGUGUAAUGUCACAAAGGAGUGUAAACAUUGCAUUGAAUAACUUAUAUUGUAUUACGCUCAUUACUGGAACAUUACCUGUAAUUACUGAUACAGCGAUGAUGAGAUGGAUUGUUACUGAGAGAAAACUGUUGGACAUUGUGACAAAAUUCAUAAUAAAAACAAUAUAUGACGUC